AUGACAGAUCUUGAUAAUACACAAAUAAUAACAGCUGAUGAUAGUCUUAUACAAAAUUCAUCAACCAUUGAAUCAGAAGCUUCAUUAAAAAUUAUAAGUGGUACUGAUUCCAAUACAUAUCAAAUCGGAAAAGAAACAAUUAUUGGUCGAACAAAUCCAUCGGACUUAAUUAUUUCUGCUCCGUCACUUUCAAAACAACAUGCAAAAAUAACUUUUAAUAAUGGGCAAUAUUUCAUUACCGAUCUUGGUAGUAGCAAUAAAACUUUCCAUAAUAAAGUUCAACUUCAACCAAAUGUUUGUUAUGCAUUACAUGAUGGUGAUGAAAUAAAAUUAGGUGAUAUUAUUUGUUUAUUUGAAGAACAACAAACACAAACGAAUAAAAAUACACUUUCUGAACCAAUAUAUGAAACUUAUAUACCACCAGUUAAUACCUUAGUUGAAGAGGAUUCACCAUGGCCUUCGGAUGAUGAGAUACCUCCGCUGGUUAUUACAGAAACAAAUGUUGAUGUGAUUCCAUCAACACAAACAAUAACUGAUUCAUAUGAUGAUCAAGAACCAACACAACCAAUGAAAAUUUGGAAUAGAAAUUCUAAUAAUACAAAUGGUCUUACACGAACAAGUAUAAAAAGUUCUGAUGAUGAAAUAUUAAAACAAAAUGGUUUAAAUGAAUCAUCAUCAAAUAAAUCUUCAUCAUUUAUUCCAUCAACAUUAUCAUCAAUAUUAAAUAAUGAUGAUGAUGAUAGUUUAGUUAUUGGUGCAACACCAUUACCAGCAACUGUACCAUUAGUUAUUGAAACAACACAAAUCAAUAAUGAUGAUCAAAUUGAAAUUAUUUCUUCAUCACGAACUGAACAAAUUAUUAAAGAUGAUGAUAAUAAUCAAAUAACUAUUGAAACAACAACACAAAUUGAAAUUGAUAAAACUCAAGCAUAUACACUUCAACCAUCAACAGAAGAAGAAAUUUCUUCAAAUGAACAAAUAGUUAAUAAAACUCAAUCAUAUGAACAUGAACAUGAAGAAAUUGUAUCUGAUGUUAUUGAAACAAAACGUGAAGAAGUUCAUCAAGUUGUUAUGGAUGGUGAUAAAAUGAUUGAAGAAAUUAUUACUACAACAACAACAACAACGACAACAACAACAACUAUAUCUGAAAAUGAUGAUCUACCAAUGGAAACACAAGUUUAUGAUCUUCAAUCAACUAAUGAAGAAACUACUACAAUUCUUACUGAAAAUGAAAAUCCUUCAGCAGAAACACAAAUGUAUGAUCUUCAACCAACAAAUGAAGAAAUCUUUAAAACAUCUACUAUUGAAGAUAAUAAUACACUAUUAGAAACUAUUCAACCAAUAAAUGAAGAAAUUUCUAAAACAACAACAACAACUGUUGAAGAUAAUUAUCGACCAGUGGAAAUUAUUCAAUCAACAAAUGAACAAACUACUGUCAAUCUUCCUGAAAAUGAAAAUCUUCCAAUGGAAACACAAGUUUAUGAUUUACAACCAACAAAUGAUGAAACUAAGGAAACAUCUACUUUUGAAAAUAAUAACCUACCAAUGGAAACAUUAGCUUAUGAUCUUCAACCAACAAAUGAAGAAACUACAACAGUUCUUACUGGCAAUGAAAAUCUUCCAGUAGAAACUCAAGCUUACGAUCUUCAACCAACAAAUGAAGAAACUACUACAAUUCUUACUGAAAAUGAAAAUCCUUCGGCAGAAACACAAAUCUAUGAUCUUCAACUAACAAAUGAAGAAAUUUCCAAAACAUCUACUAUUGAAGAUAAUAAUACACCAUUAGAAACUAUUCAACCAAUAAGUGAAGAAAUUUCUAAAACAACAACAACUAUUGAAGAUAAUAAUCCACAAGUAGAAAAUGUUCAACCAUCAAAUGAACAAAUUAAUUUAGAUGCAACUGCACCUGCUGUAUGUGCUGAUACACAAAAAUAUAAUCUUGAUGAACAAAUUGAUGAUACAUCACCAAGACCAGCAUCAGAAACAUGUGAAAUUGUACCAAUGUCACAAUUAGUUGAACAACUUCAACAUGUUGAUAAUACUGUUGAUGAUGCAACACCUAAACAACAAAUUGAAGUUACUAUUGAUCAAAAUGUUGGUAAAGAAGUUGCUGAAGAUGAACAAAUGGAUACUAAUCAAACAGAACUUCCAUCAGCAACGGUUAAUGAUGAACCAAUAAUAACACCAACACCAGCAAUCGAUGAACAACAAGCAAGUGUUAAUAAAAAAGAAGAUGAAAUUAUAGCAACAACCAAGACAGAUGCAAUAUCAAUUAAUGAAACGAAUCAAACUGAUACAAAAGUUCAACCAACAACUAUAGAUCAAGAAACAAAAUUGGAUACAUCUUUAACAACAACUACGAUUGAAUCAGAACAAAAAAUGAAUGAAUCGAUUCCUACUUCUGCAUCUGAAGAUAUACCAUCAUCAACUCUCGAUACAACUGACAAACAACAAGAAGAAAUUGAAGGAGAUGAAGAACAUGAAGGAGAAGAAGUAGGAGAAGAGACUGAAGAAUCAGUCCCUGUUACAGGUCGUAAUCAACGUGGUAUUCCUCGAAGAGCUGCUCGCCGUGCUCGAGGUCGUCGCGGCGGUGCAACACGAGCUCGUGUUGUUAGUACACGUAUACAUGGUGGACGUCGUAAUCCAGUUUUACCACCAACAAUUGAUAAUCAAAAUAACAAUACAACAUUAGAAGAAACAGUAAAUACUGAAGCAGAAGAAUCACCACAAAAAUCUUCAACAACUGAUAUUGAACAAAAAUCAAGCGACACACAACCAAUAAGUCCAACACCAGCCGAUGAAACAUCAUCACCUACUCAAACAAAUAUGAAUGCAAAUAUUCGAGUUUCGGCUCGAAUUAAAGCUCGUGCAUCAAGUGGUCGAAAUCGUUCCUUUCCAUACACUGAUGAUUAUGUUGAUUUAGAUGAUCUUGAAAAACAAACGAAAACUCCUAUUACACCACCAUCAACGACAACAAUAGGUCGUAGAUCAACUCGUGGUGGACGUGGUUCAUCAACAUCACAAAAACGUAUUAGUCUUCGACAACAACCAAUCGAUACAUCAGAGAGUCCAGAGGAAAAAACUAAAAAACAAAAAGAUAAUACUGAUAUUUACGAACAAAUGGAUACUGGUGGUGAAAAUGAAGAACCAACUUUAUCAACAAAAACCGUUGGACGAAAACGUAAAAGUACAACACCUGUUGCAUCAACUACUACAAAACGAACUCGUUCAACAACAACACCACAAACAGCACCCGCAACAAAUACACGUCGUAAACAACCUUCUACUACAGAUGAAUCAUCUUCACCUGAUCCAGUUACACCAAGACGUGGUCGAAGAUCAACAAAACUAACUACACCAACUGAACAAUCAUCACAAGAACAAACUUCAACUGAUGAUCGACCUGUUCGAAUAGCUCUUAGUAGUCAUUUAAAUUUUGAUCAAAGUCAUUUAGAAACAUUACGUAAAUUAGGUUUUGAAAUUAUGGAUGAAUCAUGUCAAGUUGAUGCAUUAGUUGUUGAUCGUAUACGACGUACAAAAAAAUUUUUUAUGUGUCUUGCCCGAGGUGCACAUAUAUUGUCACCAACAUGGAUUGAAACAAUGAUAAAAGAAAAUCGUUAUUUACCUUAUGAAAAAUAUUAUUUACAGGAUACAAAUGCUGAAACACGUUAUGGUUUUCAAUUACGUGAAAGUGUUCGUUUAGCUAAACAACAUCCUAUAUUUGAAAAUUAUAAAAUUUUUUGUACGAAAGAUACAUCACCACCAUAUGAUGAUUUAAAAGAUAUAAUUGAAGCAGCUGGUGGAAAAUUUAUUGAAAAAAUUAAUUUAAAUAAACCAGGAAAAGAUUUAGUUUGUAUUGUUGCACAAGUACAUAAAAAUGAAUAUGAAGAUUUAUGUAAAAAAGGUGUACCUAUUGUUAGUGAAGAAUUUGCUUUAAGUGGUAUAUCAAAACAAAAACUUGAUUUUGAAGCAUUUUCUUUAUUUCAAAAUGUUGCUACGACAGUUAAGCCAACUGGAAGUAAAUAA